AUGAUCCCGCAACUGGCUCCGGACAUUCACGAGAUGAUCAUCGACAAUUUGCAUGACGACAAACGCACCCUAUCCUCAUGCACAUUAGUAUCGCCCUCAUGGACGUACUCCAGUCGCCGCUAUCUGUUCGAGACUAUUAAAGUCAGUGGUGUCGUGGAUGAGUUUGAACCAUUUGUCAAAUACUUGCAAGAAUCUCCUCAUAUCUCCACGUUGAUACGACACUUGCGCCUCUUAGGAAAUAGCUCUCGUCGCACUUUUCUUUGCUUGCACGUCCUGGUUGAUAUUCUCUCCAAUCUUCCACGCCUUCGCAGGUUGGAUUUGGAAGAAAUAUGGUCCACUAGCUCUUCUUGCACAUGCCGUUCGUCGAAGUCCAUUUCGAAUUCGUGUUUCAGCGUGAAGCAGCUGUCAAUCAAUACAGUCAUAUUCACUACACUCGAGAACGUGAUAUCCUUCUUCUCUCUCUAUUCCGUGGUGGAACACUUGCACGUGAACUCCGUGUCCAUGAGGGACUGGGGAGAUGCAGACCCCGACUACCUCAACACAUUGGCGCAGGGCUUCUCAGGGGACUUCGGAGUACAAUCCCUGCAGCUCAGGGCCUCGUUCGGGGAUGCCACAUUCAUGCAAUUUUUUUGCGAUAUCCUUCGGUAUGCUCCGUCUAGACAUACAUUGCAUUCGAUUAGAGCCGAGUUCCUUGACUGGGACGAUGUCGCAACUCUCGGGAGAUUAUUACAGGCGAUAGGACCGACAAUCCGGCACUUGGCAUUCGAUGGUCUGAAUGAACUGGAAAAGUUUGACCUGCCAAUGCAGUGGCAUGACCUCAAUCUGUCAUCGUGUUCUCACCUGCAGUCUGUCUUCCUCGUCGUGGUUGUUUCCGACAUUUAUGACGACCUGCACGAUCCGUUCAACUACCCCCUUGCCAUGAUCAGGAUGAUGCCACGCACAGUGCAGAACAUCACCUUCCAGCUUCUAUCUACCGUCGUCCAUGUCAAAAAGAACUGUGAAAAUAUGGAUAAUUACGACUGGCCAAUAAUUGCACAGCUUGCGUUCUGUAGACCCUGGCUUUCACAACCACCGUGCUGUCAUAGAGGCGAAGCUACCCGAGUUAUGCACCCAGGGCCUUCUACGUUUCUCUCUUUUGCCGGACCCGCGUAA